AUGGCGGAAGGUCAUGAUAUUUCUGGCUCCGACAACGGAGCCGUUGGGGAGCCAGACACCGAGUUAUACCAGCUUAAACUUGAUGGUUCUGAUUGGCAAUACCUCCAGCUGAACGGAGAGCGGUUAAUAUGGACAAGCGACUUAGAAUCCUUGAAGAAUUUUGUUGAAAAUUGUCUUCAGCAGCAAGGAAAGUGGACGUCGCCCGGCGGAAAUAAUAAGCAAUUCAAAAGUUGCAAUGAUAAGCUUGUUAUAACCUGGUACUUCAAGAAACAACUUACUCUUGUUUUCCAAGGACAAGAUGGUCCAUUUUUAAAAGAAAAAUUGUUCAAACUGGUUCAGGACAAGCCGGAGAUGACAACCGAUUCGCCGAAUCGACCCACAAGCCAAAAUGAAAACCAACAGACAACGGAUAAUGGAGCGGACUCGGGAUCAGAAAAUUCUUUAUUUGCUGAGCUGAGAGACAUAAAAUACAGCCUGACGGUAUUAAAGAAGCAGGUCGAUGAUAAUACAAGUUCCUUAUCGAGAUAUCCACAA